AUGGCAAAAAACAGAGAAGAUGGAAGUAAAGAAUUACCAACAGUCCUAUUUGUCAGCUUGCAAGAUCCGUGGUUCAUGGAUGUAGCUCAUUACCUGACAUAUGGAGAAUGUAUGUUUAGAGAUGCAUACAAGUGGGUGGCCAAUUGUGGGAAGUGUAAAUUAUUCUCUAGAAAGCCACAAUUAGCGACAUUACCACUAAGGCAUGUUGUUAUAGAAGACCCCUUUAAGGAAUGGGAUUUAGAUUUUAUUAGACUUCUCACACCACCUUCCAAUGUCGGACACACCCAUAUUCUGAUAGCCACCGAUUAUUUUACUAAGUGGGUGGAAGCGAUUCCAGUAAAGAAAACCACUUCUGAAGUCGUUUGCAAUUUCCUCAAAGAAAACAUAUUGGUGUGUUUUGGUGUUCCUCAGAAAAUUGUAACUGAUAAUGCCUCUAAUUUAUCUUCAACAGAGCUGGCUAUGUUUUGUUAUGACCAUGGUAUCUCACUUUCUCAUUCGUCAGAAUAUUAUCCUCAUGGGAACGGACAAGCAGAGUCUAGCAAUAAGAAUUUGAUAGCUAUCAUGAGGAAACUAGUGAGUGAAAAUCUUAAGGAUUGGCAUAAAAAGCUUUAUGAAGAACUUUGGGCUGAUAGAACAUCACCUAAGAGGGCAAUAGGAAUAGUGUCUUUUGAACUGGUAUAUGGGAUAGGAGCUCAGUUAUCACUUUCUUUGGAGUUAUCAACAACUAAGUUGCAGAAGGUGAUUGAAGAUCAAUAUUUUCAAGAUUCCUUGGAGAAACGGAUAAUAUUCCUGACCAAAUUAGAUGAAUAA